AUGGCCGGAGAGAUCCGCCAGCCCAUAGACAUUGCCGCCUUGGAGAAGUAUGUCAAGGACAACGUACCGGAGAUCAAGACCCCUCUCAAAGUGAAGCAGUUCGGCUUCGGCCAAUCCAACCCCACCUACCAGCUCACUUCCCCCAAUGGCGCGAAAUACGUCAUGCGCAAGAAGCCCCCAGGCACACUCCUCUCCAAAACAGCGCACCAAGUUGAGCGGGAGUACCGCAUAAUACACGCGCUUGAGAGGACGGACGUACCGGUACCGAAAGCGUACUGUCUAUGUGAGGAUGCCGGGGUGGUGGGGACGCCGUUCUACAUCAUGGAGUUCAUGGAUGGGAGGAUUGUGACGGAGGCGUGGUUCCCGGAUGUUAGCGUGGAGGAGAGGACGGAAAUGUGGCGAUCCGCAAUUCUUACCCUUGCCUCCCUCCACCGCGUUCCUCCCUCAUCCGUCAAUCUCUCCAAUUUCGGCAAAAGCUCUGGCUUCUAUGACCGUCAACUCAAAACGUUUGGCACGAUCUCCCUAGCACAAUCUCACGCUGUAGAUGUAGACACGAAAAUUCCCGUGGGCAAGAUCCCGCAUUUCGACGACAUGGUUUCCUUUUUCUCCGAAAAGCCGCUCCAACCACAAGACCGUGCCACGUUGGUACACGGUGAUUAUAAGAUUGACAACCUCGUCUUUCAUAAGACCGAGCCGAGGGUGAUUGGGAUCCUAGAUUGGGAGAUGGCGACGAUUGGACAUCCGCUGAGCGAUUUGGUGAACCUGACGGGGCCGUAUUCGUGGAUGAGGACCCCUGCGUUACCUUCCGUACAAUCAGCGCAGCAAUCCAUCGAGAUAGGCCAUGGGACUGCGCAGCCAGAAUUCACGCCAGGAGUAAUACCUGGUUUGCCAACAUUGGAGCAGUGUUUGAAGUGGUAUGCGGAAGCAGCCGGUUGGGAUCCUGCUCCUGAUCUGGGAUGGGGAAAUGCUUUUGGGGGAUUUAGAGGGGCGGUGAUUAUGCAGGGUAUUGCUGCGAGAUAUGCGUUAAGGCAGGCGAGUGGAAAGACCGCGAAGACGUAUGUCGCGCAAAUGGGGCCGUAUGGGGAAUGGGCUUGGGGUAUGGUUGAGAACCUGAAGAAAGAAAAGGAGGCAGAAAAGACAAGGCAAAGCACAAAAGCAAGAUUAUGA